AUGAAUCCAGGCGGAGAAGGCGCGCCAAAUAGGCCACACAACCCGCCCGACCAAGAGAGGAGAGCCAAUGAUCCUCCUAAUCCAGCAGAAGCUAGAGCUGACCAGCCAGCACCGGCCAGAGACGUUCCUCCACCCAAUCCGAACGCGCCCGAUGCAGCUGAGCCGCUACAGCCACCUCUUAACCCGCCGCGACCACCACCGGCGUUUGCAAAUGGACAUCAUCGUCACGGUGACAACCAAGGGAUGCCUCAAGACCAACCUCACGCACCUCCAAGGAGAGUGCCAAACGCGCAGCAUCCAAGGCACCAAACUAUGGGAGACUUUGAUUCUUCCGAUGCUUUCUUUAUGGAUCGGAAUCCAAUCCGACCGCCUCUACCUCCAAGGAACGAUUUUGAGAUCAAACCGCAGAUCAUUGCCUUGGUGAAGCAAAACCAAUUCCAUGGUUUGCCCACUGAGCAUCCUCUUGAUCACGUCGACACCUUUGAGGAGAUAUGUAGCACAACUCGUGUUAAUGGAGUAUCACCGGAUUACUUCAAGUGCAAGCUAUUCACUUUUUCUCUAAGUGACAAGGCGCUAAGAUGGCUUUGGAGAGAUUCAAGGAGUACACAAGGAAGCUGCCCUAACCAUGGCUUUUCAGAAGGUAACCUUUGGAACAUCUUUUACAAUGGGAUUGAUCACAAAUACAAGCUUUCUCUCGAUACCGCGAGCAAUGGUAACUUCAUGACCAAGUCGGUGCCGGAGGCAAAGCUUUUGAUUGAGAAUCUCGCUGCUAGUGAUGCCAAUGCAUGCCCUGACUACAAUAGAAGCGUGAAGACCACGAGCUCAUCAGAAUCAGCUCAAAUCUCGGAGCUAAGGAACAUGGUUUCACAACUACUUAAAAGCCGGACAAGGAGUUCACGCCAUUGA